AUGGACGCCCUCACGCUCACCUCCCUCCUCAAGGCCGCCGCCGCCGCCUUCCCCGACCGCCGCGCCAUCGCCGUCCACGCCAAGAUCGACCUCACGCACGCCGCGCUCGACGCCCUCGUCGACGCCGCCGCCGCGCGCCUCGCCGCCGGCCCCGACGGCCUCCGCCCCGGCCAGACCGUCGCGCUCUGCUUCCCCAACACCGUCGAGCUGGUGGUGGUGUUCCUGGCGGUGAUCCGCGCGCGGGGCGUGGCGGCGCCGCUCAACCCGGCCUACACGCAGGACGAGUUCGAGUUCUACCUCUCCGACUCGGGCGCGCGCCUGCUCGUCACCGGCGCCGACGGCAACGCGCCCGCGCAGGCCGCCGCCGCCAAGCUCGGCCUCCCCCACGCCGUCGCCGCCACGCUCACCGACGCCGCCGGCCCGCUCGGACUCACCGGCCUCGUCGAAGGCAACCCCGCGCCGCAGAACAACGGCACCCUCCAACAUAAAGAGGAGAACGAGCCGUCGGACGUGGCCCUGUUCCUGCACACCUCCGGCACGACGAGCCGGCCCAAGGGGGUGCCGCUCACGCAGCGCAACCUGGCGGCCUCCGUGCAGAACAUCCGCGCCGUGUACCGGUUCGCCGAGACGGACGCGACGGUGGUGACGCUGCCGCUCUUCCACGUGCACGGCCUCAUGUGCGCGCUGCUGUCCUCGCUCGCCUCCGGCGCGUCGGUGGCGCUCCCCGCCGCCGGCCGCUUCUCGGCGUCCACGUUCUGGGCCGACAUGCUCGCGGCGGGCGCCACGUGGUACACGGCGGUGCCGACCAUCCACCAGAUCAUCCUGGACCGGCACGCGUCGCGGCCGGAGCCGCGGUACCCGGCGCUCCGGUUCGUGCGGAGCUGCAGCGCGUCGCUGGCGCCGGUGAUCCUGGAGCGGCUGGAGGCGGCGUUCGGGGCGCCGGUGCUGGAGGCGUACGCCAUGACGGAGGCCUCCCACAUGAUGACCUCCAACCCGCUGCCGCAGGACGGGGCGCGCAAGCCGGGGUCCGUGGGGCGGGCGGCGGGGUCGCUGGAGGUGGCGGUGCUGGACGAGGCCGGCAACCAUGUCCCCGCCGGGGAGCGCGGGGAGGUGUGCAUCCGCGGGCCGAACGUGACGGCCGGGUACAAGACCGCCGACCCCGGCGCGAACGAGGCGGCGUUCCUGCACGGGUGGUUCCACACGGGCGACAUCGGCGUGAUGGACGGCGAGGGGUACGUGAGCCUGGUGGGGCGGAUCAAGGAGCUCAUCAACCGGGGCGGCGAGAAGAUCUCGCCCAUCGAGGUGGACUCGGUGCUGCUGGGCCACCCGGACGUGGCGCAGGCGGUGUCGUUCGGCGUCCCCGACGAGAAGUACGGCGAGGAGAUCCACUGCGCGGUGAUCCCCAGGGAGAGCGUGGCGCUGGGCGAGGAGGAGGUGGUGGCCUUCUGCCGGAAGAACCUGGCGGCGUUCAAGGUGCCCAAGAAGGUGUACAUCGCCGCCGACCUGCCCAAGACGGCCACCGGCAAGAUCCAGCGCCGCAUCGUCGCGCAGCACUUCUUCGUCGUGCCCGCCGCCGCCGCCAAGGCCUAG